AUGGCUUCAGAUGACGAGGGAGGCUUGGACCUCUUCCAGGAGCCUGCUGAUUAUUUCGAACCAGAGAAGGAAGCAACUUUUGCUACCCACCAGUUGCUAUCUGGGAAAGAAUUUACUGUGCGGUUGGUGGGACACAAUCCACUGUGGGGGCAUUUUCUGUGGAACGCCGGACGCACAAUCUCAGCGUAUCUCGAGGAGCAUGCGGGAGACUUGGUAGCAGGAAAGACGGUACUCGAACUUGGCGCUGGGGCUGGACUUCCUAGUCUGGUCUGUGCUCUCAAUGGAGCCUCACAAGUGGUCGUAACGGACUAUCCUGAUGCUGAUUUGAUUGAAAACCUUCGGUACAACAUUGAUCAUUGUGAUAUGUUACCCACGCCAAGAAGGAUCGCUGCAGAGGGCUAUCUGUGGGGUGCAUCGACCCAAACAGUGACAAGCCACCUAGACAACGAUGGAGGAUUCGAUGUGCUUAUUCUUGCAGAUCUUCUUUUCAACCACUCUGAGCACACAAAGCUCAUUAAAACGGUGGAGCUGACCUUGAAGAAGUCACCAGGCUCUAAAGCUUACGUAUUCUUCACGCCAUAUCGGCCCUGGCUUUUCGAGAAGGACCUCGCUUUCUUCGACUUGGCUCGUGAGGCUGGAUUUAGUGUGACCAAAACACUCGAGAAGGUCAUGGACAAGGUCAUGUUCAAGGAAGAUCCCGGAGAUGAGCUUCUCCGUCGUACAGUCUACGGCUAUGAACUCACUUGGUCGAGCUGA